ACGGAAGUAGGUAUCGAGAGACCGCGACGAAUUUAAAUAAAGGUAUUUUACGUGCUAGCAAAAACAUCCAGACUAAAGUGGAGGAGCUCCCGUGACAUUUAUUCAAGAUUCCGAUGCUACGCAAAAAUAGGCAGUGAGCUGUCUGUGAUCCCCAGUUCUUAGUAUUAACUACAAGGCGCCACUUCAAGUCAAUGGAACAAUGAGUGGAGGAAGCAGUGGUACCGGCGUAGGUGUGUCAUCGGGUAAAUGUGGAGAAGUUGGGGGUGUCGGAGGGCCCGGACUGGGUCCGGUUAGCGGCGGUAGCAGCGCCGGCGGCGGGGGCUUAGCUGUCCGCACCGGCAGCCUUGGCUCAAACCAACGGGGUGGCCCCUCGCCGUUAGGCGACACGGCCCCUUCUCAACAGCAGCAUCAACGCAGCAGACUCGCCACACUCUCCAGGUGAGUGAAUCAAUCAAUGGAUGGUCGUUGACAGAAAAAGUGUUUCU